CGGGCGCUUUGUUGGUCGCACAUUGCACACUUUUCGCAUAGGUGUGCUAUAUAAGCCCACCACUUCUUGGCCAGCGGAAAUUGUAUAAUAAUUACGGGAAAAAAACUGACCUGGACUCAAUUCGGAUUUGUGUCAGUGCUAGAAAGAAAAUGCUGCAGCGGCAGAAAUCGACGGGUAGCAAACGAUUUGGCAGCAGCCUUCCCCCAAGAACCAUUCCCCAUCGGGCAGCCAAGUGAAGUGGAUAAAAUGGCUUUGGCAGCGGCCCCAACAGCAGGACCUUCGCAUGGCGGCUUGGCAAUGGCCGUGAAUUCGGCCGGUGGCCACGAUACCAGCGGUGGCAAUCAAUACGAGGAGAAUGCCGAGCACCUGCGCCAACUGUUCAGCCAGAGCAAGCUGGUGUCCUUUAGCAUUGCCCACAUCGCGUGCUCCGCGGGCAGCAGCAGCGGCGACAAUUACAUGUCCGUGGUGAAGCGGGUCACCAUCAGCCAGGCGCCGGAUCAGGAGAAGGAUCAGGAGCAGGCCAGGAGUGAAAUUGUCACGGUCAUUGUGAAGCGGCAAAUAGCGAGUCUGUCGCGCCGGCAGCUCUACCGUUGCGAGGAGGCCUUCAGCAACGAGAUCAACGCCUACCGGCAUUUGGCGCCCCUGUUGGCCGCCCACAGUCGCCAGCAGCUCUUUCCGGUGUGCCACAUCGCGGAGAGCCAGGAUCGGAGGGAUUCGGACGGCGGAGAGCCGAUCAUCGUGCUGCAGGACCUCAAAGCCCUGGGUUUCCGCAUGAAGGAUCGUUUGGCGGGCCUGGAACUGAGCGACUGCCUGCUGGUGAUGAAGAAACUAGCUCAACUUCACGUCGCCUCAUUGGUUGCCCAGGAACUGGAGUCCUCUUCCUUUGCUUCCCGGGUCAAAAACCUCCAGGAGAUUGUCUACUGUGAUGAGGCCACCGACUUUUAUGCCACCAUUCUGGACACCUCGGUGCAGCAGGCGCUCGAAAGUCUAAGUGGCUCCAAUGCAGACGACAGUCUGACCACGCCCAUUUGUCUGCUCGAAGAACUGCGUUGCAAUUUGUUCGGCAAUCUGAAGCGGGAGAUAAAUGCCACCGAGGAGGCUCCAAAUAGUGUGAUCUGCCAUGGUGACCUGUGGGUAAACAACAUCAUGUUCCGCUCAGAGCCCGAGGAGGUGAUCUUCUUCGAUCUGCAGGCCAUGCGCCGGUCGUCGCCUGUUUUUGACAUUCUCCACUUUAUUUACACCAGCACGAGAAGGAAGUUGAGGGAUGUGCACACCGAUACCCUGCUGGCCGCCUACUCGGAAGCUGUGGGUGAGGAACUAAGGCACCAGCUGGAGGAUAGACUAGCUGCUGAACGACUGGAAGAGCUUUGCGAAGCCUUCUCCUUGCAGCGCCUCAGCGCCGAGUAUGUGCAUCAGGUGCACUAUGGUUUGGCCAUCGGCAUGUGGAUCCUGCCAGCCGUCACCUUCGAUCCGGACAACCUGCCCAAUCUGGACGUGAUGAGCGAGCAGAGCAGAAGUGGCAAGGAGAUCAAGUGCACCCAGACGCUCACUUCCGAGUACCAUCUGCGCAUCCGGGAGCUGGUGAUGGAGUUCUACGAUCUGGGCUAUCUCCAAAAACAAAACUUUUAAGAGUAUUCAUAGUCAUGUAGCGAUAGAAUUAACUUUUAAACUCUAAACGUUCGCAAUAAAUAGAUAAUAGAUUUGCCCUUGA